AUGAGUGUUUCUUACUUAAAAUAUUCUAGAUCUUGUUUUGAUGUCAUCCUCUUUUUCACCUCUCAUUACCUUUCUACUUUUUUUCCUCCCUAUUCUUCUCUGUGCUUCCUUCACUCUAUUUCUCUCAGCCUCACUCUCUUUUCUGUACCUCUCUGUUUCUCACUCCUUGCCAUUUGUUCUACCUCCUUGCCUUUGUCUGUCUCUGUGAAUUUCUCUCUCACAUCUUCUCCGUCUCUGCCUUACUAUAUGCCUCACUAUCUUCCUCCCUGUCUUAUUCUUUCUCCCCUUCCGCUUUCCCUGCUUCUCUCUAUCUCCCUCCCACUGUCUUUCUCUGUCACUUUCUAUCUCUUCUAUUCUCACGUACUGUAUUGUUCCUUCUCAUUCUACCUCUUACUGCAUCUCUGUUUACAUUCUGCUCUGCCUCCUAUUCUCUAUCUCUCUUUUACUUUCUCUCUCUACCUUCCUCUCUCUGUCUCCCUAUGUCUGUGUCUCUCUGCUUUCCAAUAUGUGUCUCGUCCUCACCCACUUUCCUUGCCUCUCUUCUGCUCUAAUUCCCAUUUUCUGUUGUUCUUUGUUGCCUUAUCUCUCUUUGCUUCACUCUAUUCUACUUUGUCUCUUUUUCUCCAUCUUGUUCCCUCUCCUAUUCUACAUUUCUCUAUCACUCCCUGCCUCUCUCUGCCCCUCUCACUACCUUUCUUUCUCUUGCUCUUUUAUAACUGA